AGUAAUACAUACUGUAUAUAUUUUGGUACAAGUGACAACCGUACAACUUACAAGAUACAAGUACAGUCUAGAAUUCCACAUAAAAUAAACCCAAUACGAGUAAAAUUACAAUAUUGGAACUGCUACAUUUAUACAGUUAUAGUUACUAGUAACGAGUUAACUAAUAGGCAAUAUGAAAAUUGAGCCGGAAAAACUAAAGCAUCAUAACCUCAAGCCCAUGAAGUGUGAAUUAAAUUAUCUUAGUAAAUCCGAUGGAUCAUCGAUACUAUCACAAGGUAAUACUGUGGUUUUAGUAAGUGUUAAUGGGCCAUUAGAAAUAAAAUCAGCUUACCAAAGUAUGGAGAAGGCAACUUUAGAAGUCUUAUUUAGUAAUAAAGGAGGAAAACCGUCAGUUGCAGAUAGAUUUAAAGAAAAUGUAAUAAGACAAACAUGUGAGUCAGCUAUACUUGGAUGUCUUUUCCCUCGGACAGGCAUCAAUAUCACAAUACAGGAGCUUGAAAACUAUGGUGGUCUGGUGGCUUGUGCUGUGAACUGCACGUGCUUGGCGCUCCUAAAUUCGGGAGUCGCCAUGCGCCAUGUGGUCGCGGCGGUAACCUGCGCGGUAGACGACGUUGGAAACCUGGUCCUUGACCCUACACACGAGCAGAUACAGAGCUCGCAGGCACUCAUGUACUUCGUGUUUGAAAGCAGCGAAAAGAAUAUGGUUACAGGUUUUACGGAGGGUAAAUUUAGUGAAGAUACAUAUCUUGAAGCACUAGAGCUGUGUCGCUCGGCCAGUGACCUCGUCUUCAAAUUCUACAGAGAAAUUGUUUCCAAAUACUGCAGUGUUAUUGGAUGACGACCAAAAAAAUAGUGUGAAAGAUUAAGAGUUGACCCAAAGGACUUGUGAAUUGUGGCUACUGUGGUUGAGGGGCAGUAAGAUGCAUUAGUGGAUGAUAAUAUCUUAACAAUAUGUUAUUUUUAAAGUGAAAUCCCUAUUAUCCCUAACAACUUCUGGGAUUUAUUAUACAUAUUAAAUUUGUAAUCAAAAUUUAUGAACAAUAUAGAUUGUUUAGAUUUGAAAUUUUCCUAAUAUGCGGUGGAGCAGGUAUCAAUUGUAAAGUAGAUCCUGUAGAUGGAGUUACAAUCUGUGAGUUGAUCAAGACAUACCUACAUUGGCACAUUCGUCACUGGAACGGUUGGCUCAGUUGGUAAGAAUGCUCGGACGGAAUUCGAGAGGUCGCGGGUUUUAAUCCCGAAUCGUUCAUAAAUUUUGGUUGGUUGCUAAUAUCUUGUAUGGAAUGAGAAAGAUUUUUGACCAAAAUGCCAUAGUAUAUUAUUUUAUUAUUAAAGUAAGGGAUAAUUUUUUUGUCGCUAAAACAUAUUUUUCUGCAGAUUUAUUAUUGUGUACAAACUCUUACUUUUUAUUAUAAACAAUAAAAAACUGAUGCAGUAUUCAAAAGAGAAUUCUAAAUGCGGAAUUUACACUGAUUGGCAGUUAUCUCGGAACACAUAGUAUAAAGAUAUUCACCCAAUCAAAUAGAUAUACCUCAGACCUGAGAUGAGUGUGUAUAAGAAACUCAAUGGGCCUAUUUGUACAAAUGGUUACAUCAUUACAUAACAAUAAAUAUAGUAAACUAGUAGUAGAUUUUGUUUAAGAGACCAUCGGAGUUUCAAGUUUGAUUUUGUUAACAAUUAAAUUAAUAAUAAUAAUAUUGACACACUUUUACACAAAUUAUCUUUGUCCCAAACUAGGCAUAGCCUGUACUAUGGGUACUAGACAACGAUAUAUUUAAUAUAAUAUACUUACUUAAAGAUACAUAAAUACAUAUAAACACCCAUGACUCAGAAACAAACAUCCAUAUUCAUCAUAUAAAUGUGUGCACCUACUGGGAUUCGAACCCGGGACCCCUACCCCAGUUGGCAGGGUACCUAACCACUGGGCUAUAGGGGUCCUCAAUUAAUUUUUAAUUAAUUGCUUUAAAGGUUUAAGCAUGGAACAGCAAUUCAUUAAAAAUCAAAUUAGUCUUCGUGAAACUCACGUAAUUUUUUGUUAUGGUGACAGUCCAGCCAUUUUACAGAUUACAUGAAAAAAACAGACCAAAAUUUAAUUACCAGUGACAAUUUCGGUUUUGAAAUGAAACAAUAUAUCUUCUAACUUUGAACACACUGCAUCUUGAGAUUUAAAGUUUCAUAUUUUACAAAUUUACUUUAAAACUAUUUAAAAUUUUAGAGCGGCCGAAAUAGUGGGAACCGAACCACAACCUCAAUAAUAGUACCUAGUCAUAAGACUGUUAGUUUUUUUUAUAUGAACUCGCAACCAUAUUUUUUUAAUACUAAGAAUAAGUUACAUAAUACAGUUUUAAAAUAGGUAAAUAAGUGAUUUAUUUAGGUAUAAGUUUUGUUAAGAAGUUAAUUUAAUAAAUAAUAUUAAAAUGUUA